AUGUCCAUCGAUCCCCUCACCGAGACAGCGUCAAGCCUUCAGACGAAGUUGACCGCAGGGACCAUUACAAGUAAGCAAUUGAUUGAUGUCUACCUAGGCCAAUUAGCUCGUCACAAUGGCUAUCUGAAGGCUGUGAUCGAGACCGCACCAGAGUCUCUACUCUAUGCAAAAGCUACAGAACUUGAUAAUGAGCGCCAACAAGGGCACCUUCGGAGUCCACUCCAUGGUAUUCCCCUGAUCGUCAAGGACAACAUCGCUACGGUGCCCGAAUUAGGUCUGCAAACCACGUGUGGGAGCUACGCGCUAGAAGGCUCCAAGCCUCGAAAGAACGCCGUCGCAAUUGAUCGGCUCAUAGCAGCUGGAGCCAUCGUGCUGGGCAAAGCCAAUUUGUCGAGCAGAUCCGAUCGAGCCGACCAAGGUUGGUCCGCUGUCGGCGGUCAAGCGCAAUCGCCGUAUGUUCGAGGUGGGUUUCAACGCGACACCGACUCGUACAGUGGUCACAGUAGUGCUGGAGGAUCUUCCACCGGUUCUGCUACUGGUGUGGCAGCGGGCUUUGCUCCUAUCUCCCUCGGCACUGAAACCAGAGGCUCCCUCAUCAUGCCUAGCGAUCGUGCCGCCCUGUACACUAUCAAACCGACCGUCAAGAUUAUCUCUCAAGCAGGAGUCAUCCCUGCAUCGUACGUGGCAGACUCAGUUGGCCCGAUAGCCAAGACAUCACUGGACGUUGCAGACCUGCUGGAUAUCCUUGUCGAUCCGAGCAAGACAACUAUACCAAAUGGAGGCUAUAGAUCUGCGGUCACUGGAGACUGGGGCGACAUCAGAAUCGGCUAUGUCGACUCCGAGACAUGGAUUUUCCCUCACAGAAUAGUGAAAUACGUGAAGGAAGCAUCCAAUCAAAUGUUUCGGGAGUUCGAGCUGGCAUACGAAAAGCUCAAAACAGUCGUCAAAGUCGUCAAACCCAUCGAAAUGAUGACACUUGAAGAAUCGACUGAGUAUGGGAAGACUGAUAUCGGAAAAGCUUUUCUCAAAUCAUUUGAAGGUGAUCUUAGAGGUUACCUAUCGGGUCUCGAUGAAUCAAAGAUUCAUUCUCUAGCUGAUCUGAUCGAGUUCAACAAGGCACAUCCCGAUCUAGAGCUACCCAUCGCCGCAAGCAACCAGGCUGGACUGGAAAGAAUGCUCAACUAUGACAUGACAGACGAAGAGUACGAUAGGAUAGUCCGCACUGCCAGAGAAGUCAACAAAGCUGGCAUCGACAGAGUGCUGGAGGAGAAUGCGAUCGACAUCAUCAUGGCGCCGGGAGAAUCACUCAUGUUCGAGAUCCCGGCUGCAGCAGGCUACCCAACUGCCUCCCUUCCCCUGGGAUAUUUGGACUACAACGGCAGGCCAUUUGGACUGCAGAUGCUAGCCAAAGCACAUCAAGAGGCGAUGUUAGUCCAGGCUCAGAGCGCGUGGGAAGCUACCUUCCCUGCUCGUCAAUCUCCUCCUCUGGACGAGAUUAAUCCUCAGACUUGA